CGGCUGCGCUCGGCGGGACGCGGCGCGGGCGGGCUGGCGGCCGGCGUUGGUUCGGGCAGCGCCGCUCCGCGGAAUCAGAGCUGCGCUGAGACGAGGGGAGAGAGCGGGCGAGAUGGCGUCGUGUGUGGGGAGCCGGACUCUGAGCAAGGACGAYGUAAACUACCGCCUGCACUUCCGCAUGAUCAACGAGCAGCAGGUGGAGGACAUCACGCUAGAGUUCUUUUACCGGCCGCACACCAUCACCCUCCUCAGCUUCACCAUCCUCAGCCUGAUGGCCUUCGCCUUCACCAGGGAUGAUUCUGUACCAGAGGAUAAUAUUUGGAGGGGUAUACUCUCUGUGAUUUUCUUCUUUCUAAUCAUCAGUGUUCUAGCUUUUCCUAAUGGACCCUUUACACGUCCCCACCCUGCUAUAUGGAGGAUGGUUUUUGGUCUCAGUGUGCUCUAUUUUCUGUUCCUGGURUUCGUGCUCUUCUUGAACUUUGAGCAGGUAAAAGCAGUGAUGUACUGGCUGGACCCUAAUCUUCGGUAUGCCACAAGGGAAGCAGAUAUUAUGGAGUAUGCUGUGAACUGYCACGUUAUCACCUGGGAGAGGAUCCUCAGCCACUUUGAUAUAUUUGCUUUUGGACAUUUCUGGGGCUGGGCUAUGAAGGCUUUGCUGAUCCGCAGCUAUGGGCUGUGCUGGACUAUUAGCAUCACCUGGGAGCUCACUGAGCUAACUGAGUUGAACACAUUCUUUUUGAAACAUAUCUUUGUGUUCCAAGCAAGCCACCCAUUAAGCUGGGGGAGAAUUCUGUUCAUAGGAAUCAUUACAGCCCCCACUGUAAGGCAAUACUAUGCUUACCUCACAGACACACAGUGCAAGAGGGUGGGAACUCAGUGCUGGGUGUUCGGAGUAAUUGCCUUCCUCGAAGCUAUUGUGUGCAUAAAGUUUGGACAAGAUCUUUUUUCCAAAACACAAAUACUGUAUGUUGUGUUUUGGCUUCUCUGUGUGGCCUUUACGACUUUCCUGUGUUUAUAUGGUAUGGUUUGGUACGCAGAGUACUAUGGCCACCGUGAAAAGACCUUAUCAGAAAGUGAAGACAGUCCAUACAGUCCAGAUGCUUCCUGGCUUCAUUCUAAAUUCAGCAGAGGUGGUGACAAUAGUCCACCAAAACCUUCAGUCAAUAGUGAAAGCCAUUCAUCUAGAAGGAGGAAUCGRCACUCCAAAUCAAAAGUAUCAAAUGGAAUUGGCAAGAAAUAAGAAUGAUAUCUAAAGGCAUCCUACAGUGUGACCAGAAGUGACAAAGAUCAUCAGACCCGGCUCUGAAUUACCAAGUGGAAGAUCAGUUCUUAAAUUAAAGUUUUAAAAGGGAAGUAUUGAAGAAAACGAUGAUGAAGAUGGAGCCACCAAUGUAGUGCARAUCAUUGCCUGAUGACACUUGCCAUUCACUGAUAUAAAUCUAUUUUUUUCCAGCAUGUGACACCGUAAGCUCAUGAAGGGUAUACUGGAAAAAAAUGUAGUUUUGUCAUAGCAGGUACACCCUGUUUUGUGUUUAGGUGUUGCAAGUUUAUUUUUACUAUCAUAGUUGAGGACUUAAGYCCAAGGGUUAGUAAGCUGAUAGUCAGUUGCCAUAGUUGAUUGGAUUUUUUUUGUUUGGUUUGGUUUACUGUGUUAAUUGUUUUCUAAAAGAGUAUGCAACCCUUUGACUGAAAGCAACUCUGCCCUUCAUUCUCAGUCUCACAACAGAACUUUUCCAUACAACUGUUACUAAGUAUUUAAAAAAUUCACAUUGCUUGCUUUUAUUUAAAGGCUCUUUAGGCCUUGUGUCAGGGUUUUACUGGGAAGGAAAUGCAUUCAGGUUUGUUGUAAAGGAUAUCAAAUUGCUCUUCAAACACAAGAGGUUUUUUUGUUCUACAUUGUCCUCUUACUUGAUUCAUACACAUUCAAUUUUGUUCUACAUUGUCUUCCUGCUUGAUUCAUACCCAUUCAAUUUUUUUAAGUUUUUAAAAUACAUAUCUAAAAAUCUGCUUCAUAGUAGAGGGCUUUGUGUCCGGUCCUCAGAGACAGAGGUCACAUUAUUUCAUUGUUUUUCCUCCUCUAUUGUAAUAUGUUUUGCAUUUUCAAAUGUAAAUAUGUCUUUUUUUUCUGUGCCACAUUGUGUACAAUGUUUCUUCCUACUUUCUUCUAUUUGCUUCCAUCCCAGCUGGAUGCAGAAAUCCUAUUGUCUUCAGACUGAUAUCAGAAACUGCUUUGAAGGCUCAGAUGCCCUACUGAGCUUGGUGAUAAGGCAGCUUUUCACUGAAGCUGAGUUGCUUACUAUUUCCAUAAACARAAUUAUUUGUGAAGCCUUGCUGUAAUCUUUGGUGUCUGAGAGGCAGCACGAUGUCACUGUGAUAUACCCCAUUGCUUCAGUGUUUCCUUUCGUGCUUCAGAUACUCAACAGCAAAGUCACUUUUUCUUGCGGUUUUUUUUUUUUUUUGAGAGGGGUGAUUUACUUCUUGUGUGGGUGUUCCUUUGUGUUUUUUUAAUGUAUUAAUUGUGACAUCUAGCAAAGUGGAUAAUUCUCCAGCAGUGAAUGUAAUGAUUAAGUCAAGAGGUAAGCAAUCAUGAGCAAUCAGUUUCUGUAUUAAGUUAUCAAAAUGUUUUAGUGCCAAUUAAAUUUUGGGAUUCAAGGCAUUCAGAGGGGAGAUAGCUUAAACAAGGAUAAGUAAUACCCAUUAGUUACUUAGUCUUUAUGAGAAAAUGGGAUUUUUUUUUCUUUGACUUAUGUUACUGUGAUUUGCCACAGGCUAAGUACUAAAGAAAAAAAUGCAGCAGAGACUUUAUACAAGUGUAUUAUACUGUAAAUAGAAGAAAGUAUCCUGUGUAAUCCAUCAAUUCCUAUGUGCCACAGAUUAUCAGUGUUUUCAAUGCACUUAAGUGUUGCUGCUGAGCUCCUCAGAGGCCUUUAAUUUCCUACCCUGCUUUUCAAUCAAACAUGGAAUGUGCAACUUGGAAAGUAAUGUAGUAGAAGCUGCUGUAUCAUUGCUGCAGUGACAUUUAAUGUUACAUGAAAAAAACUGUUAGGAAGAUUUUCAGACUCUCCUACAACUACUUGGUUUUCAUUCAUACUAUYGCAAUUCCAUGUACUGCCUUUGUUUUUGUAAUGUACUACAUAUUGAUGAAUGUAUUUGUAGAUUUCUUUGGAUACUGAGAAUUGUUACUUUUUUAUUUCCUUGGUUAAAAACUCAGUCUGUGUAAGACUGAAAAAUGGCAUUGUAAAUUUUCUAUUGAUUCAAUACCAAAGCAAGAGAUUUGAAGUCUAAUGGUUUAAGUAUUUUAAGUACUGUGUUUUUCAAAGGUGAGAGCCUAUUUURUAUUUGCUAGGGAUAUGCACACCAACUAUGUAUACAAAGCUUACAUGUGUAAACAGAUGCUGAAGUACACCAUCUACCUGCCUGUGGGGACAAGCACACAUUUUGUAAAUGCAGACCUGGUGCUCACAUUGCUGAACUGCACCCUAAAAAUAUUAGAAAGAGAAAUAUUGAAGUGUCACCUUAUUGGAAUCUGACGUCUCURUGUUAUUACAACAGCUUGGCCUUGAAGAAAUGUUGUUUGACAACACCUUUAAAUUAUUUCCAAUUAAGUCUUUUUACUUUAAAUUUAUGUGUUCGGUUGGUUUUUUUUUGGUUGUGUGGUGUUUGGUUUUAGGGGCAGGGUUGGGAGGCUGUUGGUUUCAGGGGAGGGUUUGUUGUUUGUUUUGGGGCUUUGUUUGGGUUUUUUGGGAUUUUUUCUUGUUUUACUUUAAAAGAGAGAUGGCUAUGGAGAGGAGAAACUUAAGUAAAUUAUUCAAGUGCUUCUUGAAAAAUAACACUUUGUCUCUUCUAUCAGUAGUUCUGGCUGAAAUUCACAUGUUUUCUCACAAGUUUUCCACUGACUGACAACUGUAUUUUCAGCCCAUCAUUUUGGAUGUGAGCUUUGCMCUGGAAGGCAUUGGAAAGAUGCUUUUGAUCACUGCUGUAAAAUGAGUGAUCUGGAUUUUAUCAAUUACUGUGCUGUUGCUGGAUUCUGUAUGUGUGUAACACCUGCACUGACAAAUCACUGCGCUGUUUAGCAACAAGMAUCCAUGUGUGAGUUCUGCAGCUUGAACAGUGUUUUGUGACAGUCAUGGAUGUGCUGKCCUGUUUUUAACUACUUGGUCUGUCACAGCCUCUCAUUCCUACUUUCCUGCUUCUGAUGUUCUUUCCUUUCUCUGACCUCUAAUGAUCUCCCCUGCUGCGAUGGGGAGAUUGGAAUUGGCCCUCCAGAGGCUGUCCAUCAAUGUCAGUCAUUGAAGGGAGGCUAAUUCAGGGCAGCGUGGUGUAAGCAGAGGGUAGUGGCAAGAACUUUAAGUAAUAGAUUAAAUAAAAAUGGAGGUAUACAAUGAACCAGAGCUCAUGUUGAGUACUGAAUUCCCAUMUUAAAGUUGCUGCAUAUAUUAUACACUACAUCUAAUUAAAUAUUUGGAGCAUGGUUUCAGCCAAUUCUUUUGUUACUCUUCUGUGAAGAUCAUCACAAGAUGUUCCAGCUGUUAAAACUUUUUUUUUUUUACUUUGUUAUCACAAGAAGACACAGAUCUUACCACUUAUUUAAUAGUUUUGGAAUAGAAUUGCUCUGUAUUGAUUGCAAAGUAUUGCAUUUUGCAAUAAUUGAGUAAAUCAACCCAUGUCACCAGUAUGUGUG